GAGAAGAAGAUGUAAUAAGAGAUUGAUAAAGAGACAAAAGUAGUCCGCGUGUUGAAUUCAUACUUCCAUUUGCGGUGGCUACCGGCUACUCGUAUUAGCGUUACCUUCUUUCUUCUUCUUCUUCUUCCCCUUGUUGUAUUAUUAUUAUCCUGUAUCUAUCUAUGUAACUAUAGUUUAGGGUUUUAUUCUGCUUGUAAGAGAUAUACUAUCAUCAGAUUCAUUCAGAAUACCGAUAAUGGAUCGAAUCAUCGGCGAGAAGUUCAAGCUAGGUCGAAAGAUCGGAAGCGGAUCCUUCGGUGAAAUCUAUCUCGCUACUCAUAUUGAUACGUUCGAGAUCGUUGCCGUCAAGAUCGAGACUGGUAAAACGAAGCAUCCACAAUUGCUUUAUGAAGCCAAGCUCUAUAAUAUUCUUCAAGGAGGAAGUGGUAUCCCAAGCAUUAGAUGGAGUGGUGUAGACGGAGAAGACAAUGUGCUUGUUAUGGAUUUGUUGGGGCCUAGUCUAGAGGAUCUUUUUGUUUACUGUGGGAGGAAGUUCUCUCUCAAAACUGUCUUGAUGUUGGCUGAUCAAAUGAUGACCAGAAUAGAGUACGUGCAUUCUAAAGGAUUCCUACACAGGGAUAUUAAACCGGAUAACUUUCUCAUGGGACUUGGUCGGAAGGCAAACCUGGUUUAUGUAAUUGAUUUUGGGCUUGCAAAACGAUAUCGGGACUCUGCAACCAAUCGCCACAUCCCCUACAGGGAGAACAAAAACUUAACAGGUACUGCACGGUAUGCAAGCUGCAAUACUCAUCUUGGGAUUGAGCAAAGCCGGCGGGAUGAUUUGGAGUCACUGGGGUAUGUGCUUUUGUACUUCCUCAGAGGAAGCCUUCCUUGGCAAAACCUUAAGGCUGCGACGAAGAAGCAAAAGUAUGAUAAAAUAUGUGAAAAGAAAGUAUCAACUCCUAUUGAGGUUUUAUGCAAAUCUCAUCCUGUAGAGUUUGCUUCAUACUUUCAUUAUUGCCAUUCUUUGACUUUUGAUCAGCGACCUGAUUAUGGAUUCUUGAGGCGCCUAUUUCGAGAAUUAUUUGCUCGUGAAGGUUACAAAUUUGAUUAUGUGUUUGAUUGGACAAUUUUAAAGUACCAGCAGUCUCAAAAGAGUAGAGUCCAGCCUCACAUAUCCCCGGUUCCUGUAGUGAGUAACAACCGGGCAAUGCCCAUGGAUGUUGAUAACCACCAAGGGGAUGUCUCAGCCGAGCAAAUUAAAUCAGACAAUGCUACUACUUCUGGUGUUAAGUUUCAAUUUAAAUCAUCCGGUGGUAAAAAUAUAGCUUCUGAAAAUCCUCUUGGCAAAAAUAUUUUUGGUGAAGCACCCAUCCCUUCUACUUCAUACUCUUUUGAGGCAUCAAGAAGAAACUCCUUGAAGCCUUCCCCGUCCGCUGAAGCUGCAAACCAUAGACAUGGGCAAGGGAGCAGUAAAAUUGGUCCUUCAAGUAGUCGGAUGAAUGUUCUGCACAUAAAUUCUGCUAAGUGAAUGCCCAAUAUGGUGUGAAUGUGAUCAAGAUGCCCUGCAUACAAACAUGGAGCCUGCAUAUUUAUGGGGUGUUGCUGCCCAUGGAGACUACAAAUGUGCUACAAGGUUGAUAAAUUUUCUUAGCUCAUCUUUUGAGGCCAGUUUAUGUUGCUCAUUCCUCCCUAAGGUGACUGCAAAUGAUUGUUUGGUAUAAAAUUCAGACUGCACAGGCUUGGCUUCUUCGCUGUAGAUAAAUUUCAAAUAUGGCACACAAUAAUCUUGUGUAUCUAUGUUUUUAUGUAAAAUUAAUGUGUGAUGUGGCAGCAUUUGCCCCUUUUGCCACUUGUGAUUUGUUCCGUAUAAUAAGUGGUAACAUAGUUUGUUUUAAAUUGUUUGAUAAUAUUACAAAUUGCAGGUGUGUUAAGAUACAUUUGAUCUCA